UUGGGAAAGUACAUAUCUGGGAGCAGCAGGCGGCUCUGCGCUCGCACUCCGGCUCGGCCGCCGCACCGCGCUGUCGCCUCGCCGCCGCUCUCGCCGCCGCCCCCGGGCCCCUCGCCGCCGCCACCAUGGACGCCAUCAAGAAGAAGAUGCAGAUGCUGAAGCUCGACAAGGAGAACGCCUUAGAUCGAGCGGAGCAGGCGGAGGCCGACAAGAAGGCGGCGGAGGACAGGAGCAAGCAGCUGGAGGAGGACAUCGCGGCAAAGGAGAAACUGCUGCGGGUGUCGGAGGACGAGCGGGACCGGGUGCUGGAGGAGCUGCACAAGGCGGAGGACAGCCUCCUGGCCGCCAAUGAGACCGCCGCCAAGGCUGAAGCCGAUGUAGCUUCUCUGAACAGACGCAUCCAGCUGGUUGAGGAAGAGUUGGAUCGAGCCCAGGAGCGUCUGGCAACAGCUUUGCAGAAACUGGAGGAGGCUGAGAAGGCAGCAGAUGAGAGUGAGAGAGGCAUGAAAGUCAUUGAAAGUCGGGCCCAAAAGGAUGAGGAGAAAAUGGAAAUUCAGGAGAUCCAACUGAAAGAGGCCAAGCACAUUGCUGAAGAUGCUGACCGCAAGUAUGAAGAGGUGGCCCGUAAGCUGGUCAUCAUUGAGAGUGACCUGGAACGUGCAGAGGAGCGGGCUGAGCUCUCAGAAGGCCAAGUUCGACAGCUGGAAGAACAAUUAAGAAUAAUGGAUCAGACCUUGAAAGCAUUAAUGGCUGCAGAGGAUAAGUACUCUCAGAAGGAAGACAAAUAUGAGGAAGAGAUCAAGGUCCUUUCUGACAAGCUUAAGGAGGCUGAGACUCGGGCUGAGUUUGCAGAGAGGUCAGUAACAAAAUUGGAGAAGAGCAUUGAUGACUUAGAAGAGAAAGUGGCUCAUGCCAAAGAAGAAAACCUUAGUAUGCAUCAGAUGCUGGAUCAGACUUUACUGGAGUUAAACAACAUGUGAAAACCUCCUUAGCUGCGACCACAUUCUUUCAUGUUGUUUUUGUUGUUUUUUGUUUUAUUUUGUUUUUUAACACCAUGCUUACCAUGAAACCCCUUAAAUGCAUUUUUAUUUACUUUUACCACUGUCACAGAAACCUCCACCAAAUACCAGCUACAUCGGGGGUGGGCAACACACACACACGCACGCACGCACGCACACACGCACGCGUGUGCGGCAGGCCCCUGUCAGAGCGACGAUGAUUUAAAUGUGCCAUUUCCCCAGGUUGACGUUGCCACACUUUGUAGAGCGUUUAGCAACACAGUAUGCUUAGUCAAUCUAGGAAUCCUCACUAAAGCAGAAAGAUUUCCACUCAAAGUGCCAACAACAUAUAUUCAACAGGAAGAUAAAAUUACUGUUGGAAACAAUUAGGUGUGGAUUGGUGCUACUUUAAACAAAAGGUCCCACUGUGGUCUUCCAUUCAAUAUUGUACAAUUUAGAAUUCUGUCCAACACUAACUUGUUUUCUCUUGAGUUUUACUGUGAGAUGAGACUAUGGAUUCUGUAUGUCUGAAUUCACUAAGCCAAGGGUUUGUAAGCCACACUGCUCUUUUAGGACUUUUAUUUCCUCUAAUUGGCGCCCUUGGAAUGCAAUUCAACUCAUAGGAUAGCAUUCAAUGUGGAUUUCCACUCCUUUCAUUUCUCCGUGUUAAAGUGAAAAUUUAGGCACUACAUAAAAUUGAUAAACAUUUAAGAGUUAAAACUACAGUAGCCCCCUUUAUCCACGGGGGAUACAUUCCAAGGCCCCCAGCUUACGCCUGAAGCCACGGAUAAUACUGAACCUUACAUACUAUGUGUGUUCUCCAAUACAUACAUACCUUUUCCCCUCAAGGGAGUGCUUUCCAGCUUCUCUUUGGCAUGUCUGAACUGCCAGCAUUACUACUCUUGCACUUUGGGGCCAUUAUUAAGUAAAAUAAGGGUUACUUGAACACAAACACUGCGAUGCUGAGACAAUGGAUCUAAUAAGCAAGAGGGCUACUAAGUGUGGAGAUGCUGGACAGAGGGAUGGUUCACGCCCUGGGCAGGACGGAGCAGGACAACACAAGAUUCCAUCACGCCACUCAGAACGACGUGCAAUUUAAAACUUAGGAAUUAUUUCUGAAAUUUUUCAUUCAGUAUUUUCCAACCAUGGUUGACUGCAGUUAACUGAAAUGGAGAAAAGUGAAACUGCGAAUAAGGGGGGAACUACUGUAUA